ACAACAACAAGCUUUCUCCCAAAGCUUCUAACAAACCUGAACAGCUUAAUUUAACUCGACUCUUUCCUUCCUAAUCAGAAGAUGCAGAUCGGAAUCGCAACCUCCCUCCCGGCGCACCAGGUCCACCUUUUUCAGGCGAGGCGCGCCGGCAGCUUCAAGUACAACCAAUCUCCCCUCAAUCCUUCUGUAAUUUCUUCUUCCUCUUCCGCCGCCGAUUGCACCAAGAGGCACCUCUCCAACCUCGACAAGCUUCUCCAAAAACAGGAGCCACCGACUCCGAGAUCCAACCGCCUCGAUUCAAUUCCCAAAGUUCCGAGACCUGACGGCGGCGCUUCGGCGGCGGGUUGGGCGAAUCGGGGGAGGAACUUGCUGGAGGGGCUGAAUCUGGCCCGGAUCUGGCCCGAAUUGAAGGCGGCGGAGGAGAUGUCCCCCAGGCACUUGAACCGGCUGCAGCGGCUACUCUCGAAGACGGCCGAAUACUCCCCCCGCAACAGCCUGGCUUCCCGGUGGAGGGAGUACCACGGCGGCGACGACUGGAAGGGGAUGCUCGACCCCCUCGAUGAGAAUCUCCGGCGGGAGGUGGUCCGGUACGGCGAGUUUGUCCAGGCGGCGUACCACGCCUUCAACUCAGAUCCGGCCACGGAGGCCGACGAGGCGCCGCUCCCCGUACGCGUGUCGCUUCCCGAUAGGUCGUACAGGGUCACGAAAUCGCUCUACGCCACGUCAUCCGUCGGGCUGCCGAAGUGGGUCGACGACGUGGCGCCGGAUCUCGGGUGGAUGACCCAGCGGACCAGCUGGGUCGGGUACGUGGCGGUCUGCGACGACCGCAGGGAGAUCCAGCGGAUGGGCCGCAGGGACAUAGUCAUCGCCUUGCGCGGCACUUCGACAUGCCUCGAAUGGGCCGAAAACAUGCGGGCCGGACUGGUCCCAAUGGACGACGACGACGACGAGAACUCUCCCCAAGCCCAAAACCAGGCGAAGGUCGAGUGCGGGUUCCAAAGCCUGUACAAAACCGAAGGAGCCCACGUCGCCAGCCUGGCCCAAUCCGUGGUCCAAGAAAUCAAACGCCUGAUGGAGCAAUACAAAGGCGAGACACUAAGCAUAACAGUCACCGGCCACAGCCUCGGAGCCGCCCUCUCCCUUCUCGUCGCCGACGAGCUCAGCGCCUGCUCCCCCGACGUGCCGUCGGUGGCGGUUUUCUCCUUCGGGAGCCCCCGCGUCGGGAACCGCGGCUUCGGGAACCGGCUGAAGGGCAAAAACGUCAAAGUGCUGCGGAUCGUGAACAACCAGGACGUAAUUACCAAAGUGCCCGGGCUGCCGAUGGUGGAUGAGCUGGAGGAUGACAGCCACCCGUUGGCGUACAGCCACGUGGGGACCGAGCUACGUGUGGAUACGCGGAUGUCGCCGUACCUGAAGCCGAACGCUGACGUGGCGUGCUGCCACGACCUGGAGGCGUACCUGCACCUUGUGGACGGGUUUUUGGCGUCCAACUGUCCGUUCAGGUCGAAUGCGAAGAGGAGUCUGGUGAAGUUGUUGAGUGAGCAGAGAGGGAAUGUGAAGCAGUUGUAUACUAGCAAGGCGCAAGCCUUGAGCUUGAAGUUUGAGAGGCAAGGGCUUGCCGCCACUGGCUGCUUGCCUAGCCCUUCUUCUUCUUGACUGUUAAUUAAUGGGUAAAUUAUUAAACAUUUUGUGUCUUAUCGUGUGUUCAUAAUCAUAAUGGUAGCCGUAACGCAAUCGUAUAUACUUCAAAAUUGAACCUAUGGGAACAGCGUGUGACGAAAUGCUACGCCUAAACUAUGGGAUAUGAGGUCAAUUUGUGAGUUUGCUAUAUAUCGAGGGCCAGAAUCGAGAAGGGUCCGAGGAGCUGGUGUUUGACUCCUACCGUAUGUUCUGAUGACAUGGUGAGCUUAUUUGUCAGCCUGACUUAAUCUAACUAACGAUUUGGUUUACCGAAUAACUAUCUAUUAUUAUAUAAAUCAUAUUACACUUGGUAAGUAUUCCAUUUAAACAUUUACCUCGCGACAUGGAUAAACCUAGAGAAUUCAA